AAGGGCGGAGGUGGUUUUCUACGCGGUCCCGGGUGGCCCCAGAGCUCGCGCAGUACCGACCUUCUCCGGCCCGGUGCCCCCGGAGAGCCGCUGAGGUGGGGCCGGCCGCGCAGUGCCACUCGGGGCGCCAGGGGCUGUCGGAGGUUCGCAGGUUGAGACCAGCGGCAGCCGGGUCCAGCGAAGCCGGCGGAGAGGAGCGCAGCGCAGCGCAGGCGCGCCCUCCUCCGCUCUUGGCCCAGCGUCCCUCCGGGCUGCAGGCGCGCACCGGGGCGCCGCCAAGGAACAAAGCGGGUGGUUUACUGCCUUCAUCGCUUCCAUUCCAAAUGAGGACGCCGCGGCUUUGCAGCCAGAUGUGGGCAGGCUCUAGAUGGUAAAACCCAGCACUUUUUUUUCUUUCUUUUUUUUUUAAUUGAAGCCUCCCAGCCGCGGUCCGCGGUUCCAGCUCUGUCGCCGUGCCUCCUCGUCGGGGUCGCUGCUCUGGGCCCCGCGGGCGCAGCAGACAAAGAAACGAGCGGCCGCCUUCGGGGGGAGUCCGCGCUCGGUGGGAUCCCGAGCCGGCGGCGAUCGGGCGGGGAGAGCUGCGCGCGGAGACGCUGGAACCGUGCGUGUAGCCGCGCGCGCCCGGGCGCCCCGAGGUUCCCCCUGCGGGAUGUUACGUGUGCAGCCCGCAGCGCAUUAGAUCGAGAGAAGGUGUGCCGACAGAAAGGAUCCGAGAUACAGGAAGGUACGUCGCUUUAAAAAGUUUUUAAAAAUGCAGUGAUGGUUGCUUCUUUAGGAAAGCACAUGGACGCAAUUCUCCGUACGCACUUAAAAAUACAAGCGAUUGCGCCCUGAUUGCCAAGGAGCUCUUCAGCGCGGUGGAGGGAAUAUUCUCUACCUUGUCUGGGGGUGAUGAUGACAGAGGAACUAAGUUGUCAAAAUUGGUAGAAACUACACUGAAGAUCUGCGUAUUGUAUCGAGUGUACCCGGCACGUCAGUUGAAAAAAAAAAUCGCACAUACAUCUGCUCGCAUAGAAAAAGCUAAUAAGUAAGCCUGUUGCGCCCGGAAAAAGCCGCUGCAGCGCAGCUGUAGAUACGCCUUUUGGCAACUGAGCGCGACUCCGUGGGGUUAUUUUUGCAAGAUGGGCCCGGCCGGGAAAGGGGAGCGAGAGGGCUGCUGACAUCACUCGGGGCGGGGCGCAGCGCAGAGAAAAGUCGGAGGGACCCGAGCCGCCCCGGCACAGCCUCAGCAUGAGCAGCCACAACGCGUCCGAGCUCCCCAUCCUCUGCAGCUCCGGCCAGCUGCUCCUGCAGCCGCUCUGGGACCGAGUGCGGGCCCGGGAGGCGCUCACGCAGUCGCCCUUGUUCGCGGUCCUAUUUUCCAUCACCACGUACGUGGGCUUCUGCCUGCCCUUCGUGGUGCUGGACGUCCUGUGCCCCUGGGUGCCCGCGCUGCGGCGCUACAAGAUCCACCCGGACUUCUCGCCGACGGCGCGGCAGCUGCUGCCCUGCUUGGGGCAGACCCUCUACCAGCACGUGGUGUUUGUGCUCCCCUUGACGCUGCUGUACUGGGCCCGCGGCCCGGCGCCCUGGCCCCGAGAAGCCCCAGAGCUGCUACAGCUGGCGCGCCACGUCGUGGGCUGCCUGCUGCUCUUCGAUGCUGAGUUCUUCGCGUGGCACGUGCUGCACCACAAGGUGCCAUGGCUCUACCGCACCUUCCACAAGAUGCACCACCAGAACACAGCCUCGUUCGCGUUGGCCACGCAGUACAUGAGCGCCUGGGAGCUCCUCUCCUUGGGCUUCUUCGACAUGGUGAACGUCACGCUGCUCCAGUGCCACCCGCUUACCGUCCUGGUGUUCCACGUGUUCAACAUCUGGCUGUCGGUGGAGGACCACUCCGGCUACGACUUCCCCUGGUCCACGCACAGACUCGUGCCUUUCGGUUGGUACGGUGGCGUGAGGCACCACGACCUACACCACUCGCAGUUCAACUGCAACUUUGCCCCUUACUUCACGCACUGGGACAAACUCCUGGGGACUCUGAGGUCAGCUCAUGCCAAGUGACUCACAGCCUCCCUCCCAGCCUGCGGUGGGGUGGCGCAGGGGGUGCCUCCCCCCACUCGGACCCAGGACUGCCUCAGGGCACUUUACACUUGAAUCAGAAGAAACACACCUGAGCUGUUGUGUCUUGUUUUGGUUUUGUAAGUAAUUUAUUACCUGCUGGAGAUCUAAAGUCUGAUGUAUUUUUAGUCUGAUUAAGUAAUUUAUAUGGUUUCUGUAUCUGGCAAUUGUAUUCUUAGAGUCAAAGUCUAGCUCACUUCAGUAGCCUUGGUUCCCAGAUAUGUUAGCCGCUCAUCACUGGCAUAUUUAAAUCAUCUCAAAAAGGACUUGAUUGUAGGACAAGGAAGGUCCUGUGUUUCAAAGUGUCAUAGAAAUGGGCUAAAAUAACGUCUUCUUACAGAGUGUAGGAUUUCUGACUCUAUUAGCAACAAACAUGUUCCUGCUGGACAGUGAUCACAAUUGUUAUGCUUUUUUCUAUUUUUUCAUGUAACAAUAUAUUUAUAUUGAAAGAAAUUAUUUUUACUUAAAAAAGAAAGAAAGAAAGAAAGAACAGAAUGUAAACCAAACAAGUUCUGCCUGCUGUUUCCUGGGCGUUUAGACUGAUCAGUACUAAAAUGGAAAGAGGGAGCUGGGGCGGCAGGUGACCUCCAUCUUCUGUGGCUACAGAAGAAGAGGAGUCUGGUGGUGGGGUGUUUUGUGGGGCCUUUGUAGGAGAGACAAGACAGAGGCGGCAGAAGGGGUCAGUUAGUUUGUCUGUUUGGGUCUAGCCAUUGCACAGAGGGAGAAUCACUAUUGUUCUGAAUGGUUUUCAGCUGAUUUCUGCAUAACAAGCAACUCAAAGAAUUACCUUCUAAAGUUUUAGAGAGAUUAACCCUGCUCUAAAGUUUUAGAGAGAUUAACCCUGCUCCACCAUUUGAUUAACUGGAGGGCAGUGGUGUUGGGGGAGGACUAGAAUUAGCGGAGUGCCUUGCUUGGCAAAGCCAGCGAGUCCAGGGUGUGCAUGAGAAGGGCUGAUAGAUACAGAAAGAGAUUCUGAGUCAGCUCUGGUUUCUUACGUAUCCAUGUAGUGACCAUCAUGCACACAGCUCUGCAAUUGGGGAUUUUGGGGUUUUCACUUUUCUUAAGCAAAGACAUACAUGCAAAUUGCAUACCCCUUUGUUAAAUGGAGAAAAAGUGACAUUUGGCCCCAGGUCCCUGGUUCCUCAUUUGUAAAAGGAGACUGUGUUCCAGAUGUUCUCCCAGAUUACUUAGUGCCCUCAAUGUCCCUAUGACCCACCACACACCUGUCACCUGUCACGUACCCCAUCCUAAGCGGCUGCUGCCUGUUUGUUUUCACUUUAUCUUUGGAACAGAGCUAUAUAGGGUAAAAUAAAACAUCAAGACAAUUUAGGCAGACAAGUAUGAAGAAGGGCAACUUUGCAUGUAGUUUUAGGCUCAUAUGUGAACCGAAUUAUCCUGUUUAAAGGUGAAGCAUUUGCCUAAGGACCAGGGUUUCUGCCCCGUGAGAUUCCUGGGAAGGGUAUCCAGCUCUCCCAAUCUCUGACAAGUUGCAGUCACAAUGCCCAGCUCCUCUGCAGAUGGUCUCCCGUUCCCUCCCAAAUCAUGUGCUCCUUGGGUUUAUUCACAAAGGCCCCUGCCUCCUCGGUGGGCAGAGGCACCAAGCAGGGUCUUAUGGAUUACACUGACCUGACUUGCGAAUGUGCAAAAUGGCCAUCAGAGGCAAGUGGAACUUGCUGCCUUGGAGUGGACGGGUGACAUACUGCGCAGAAGAAGGACAGGAGAAGUGACGGGCGGGGACGGACAGGUAUGAAGUACGGGGUGCAAGUGUUACUUGUCCUGAGCAGCUCUGGGCUGCCGACAGAUCUGCCACAAUGACCGUUUGUCACAGCUCGCUCUCAGAGAUGUUGUAAAAUGUCUCUCGUGGCCUCAGUGUGUAAGGGAAUUUUGCAUUUUGGCCAAUUGUACUCAUGGAAAUUAUUUGGGCCCAGAAACCCUUUCUCUCAGUUGAUGUUUGAUUACUUUUUAAUACCUUGGCAGCCGAGGGUAGGGGAGUGGAGAGGAAGAGAGGUUUUUCAGAAGAGCUCGAAACAAUGAGAGUGAAAUACUUCACUUUUGCAUGCAGUCUGAUGCUUUUAUACAUUGUUCCUCUUGCUCCUUAAGCUCAAAGGGAGGUCGGGUGGUUGCUAUUAUUACCAUUACGAUGACCAUCCUGUAUUACAGAGGGAGAAUUGGUACCCAUACAGGUGAGGUGACUUGCUCUCCAUUAUUAGAAUGUUAGAAGGAGGAGCCAGUUCUUGAACUCAGGUCUUUGGAUGCUUUUGAAACUCUCCACAAUUGCUGGAGAUUUGGCUUCUGUCUGCUCCUCCUCCCCAGCCACUGCUGCUGCCCUCAGGCACCGACCGAGGCUACCCCCCACCCCCACCUGUCAUUACCUGGAUGUGAACUUUCCUGGAUUCAAAGGCAGGCUGCAGGAAAGCACAACCCAGGUCAAGAUCUCUGUUUUCCGUCUCCCUCACUGGACACUGGCGGGGACAUAUAGCCAGACUGCCCUGGGGGGAAGCUUGACUCUGGGCCUUACCUAGUUGAGUGACUCUGGAAAAGUGACUUAGUCUCUCUGCCUUGGCAUCCUCUCUGUGAAUGUGGAUCAUCCCAGACCCCAGGUCCCAGAGUCCCCGUGGGAGAGUCUGCGUGACCACAGUUGGCUGCGGCGAGUGCUUUGGGCUUCAGGAUGUCCCAGGGGGACCUGAGCCUCCCGUCUACACUCUUGAGCUCUCCCACCUCCCCAGGGACCCAAAUAUAGCCCCGGUUUUGAAUUUUUGAUCCUGCCUGACCUGGAACGCUGCUUCCUUGUCCUUUCAAGGCUAAGGUGUUGGAAAGAGAGAAGUCUGUGUUUGUUGGGCUCUCCCUCUUCACCCCGAGACAUCCUACCCCUGCCUCUUCCUGAAGCUGAACCUCUGUGAACCUCUCCUGGUUCACUGCUCUCCUCCCAAUGAUCAAUUCCAGUGAUUUCCCUCCGCCCGGAUUUUUUCUUUUUAAAGGGUAAUCAUUUUUGCUAACCAGUCUCUUCACUCUUGUUUGAUCUUAGUGCUUUUUCUCCAAACUGCUUUCCUUCCUAAGUCUCCAGCUUCUUUCCCAGGGCGCCCCCCCACCCCCACUUUGCCCAGCAGGGAGCCCAGCCUCAGGGUAUUUCUCUUGUUACAAAGUGUCUAUGCUGUGUGCUAGGAGUGACCUUUGUAGCAGCAAAUCCUGAGAUCUCUGCUUGCAUGGCAUUCCGGCACACACACAGGGCAUGAUGUAUACGUCCACACACACUCUGUGUGAAUACACAUUAUGUGGCCACACACAAAUCUGCACACUAUUAUAUGUCCACAGGCAUACAUUUACACACAUACUAUAUACAUACACACAAAGACACAUAUGCAUACACAUACAUAUAUAUUACACACACAUAUACACACACAGAGUAUAGAUCUAUUCCUCUUCUGUCUGUCUCUACACACACACACACACAACCAUUUCCUUUUUGAAAAAUAUUUAUUUAUGUAUUUAUUUAUUUAAGAGAGUGAGAGGGGUGAGGGGCAGAGGGAGAGAAUCUUCCAGUAAACUCCCCACCCGGCACAGAGCUGGACACGGGGCUCCAUCCCAUGACCCAUGAGAUCACGCCCAGAGCCUGAACCAAGAGUUGGACACUUACCCUAUUGAGCCACUCAGUGCCCCCCCGCACCCCCCACCACCACACACUACCGUUUCUGCCCUGCUCACCGUUUCUCUUUGCCCUUACUCAUACUGUAGUCGUUCUUGGUGAAGGCUGGUUCAGUGUUGCAUGAAUCCUGGGAGCACAGAAACACAGCUUUGCCCUGAAUCCCGUCUUUCUUCAGCGGUCCCAUCAUCCAUCACUAGUCCAUCCUGGCUUCCUAACUAAGGUCACAUAAUCUCACAACACAUAAUCUCUGCUCUAGAGGAGGUCCUAGUCUGCCGAGAAAGAUCAUCCGGCCAGCAAAUCCAUCUAACAAUGUAGUCAGUUCUCCAGUGGUGGGUAUUUUCAGGUCGUUAAGGGAGGCCCAGGAAAGGUGGGUCAUUUGAGUAAUAGAAACCACAAAGUGUUUGGAUGCCUGGGUGGCUCAGUCGGUUAAGUGCCUGCCUUCGGCUCAGGUCAUGAUCCCGGGGUCCUGGGAUCAAGUCCCCCAUCAGGCUCCCUGCUCAGUGGGGAGUUGGUUUCUCCCUCUGCCCCUGCUCAUGCUCUCUCUUUCAAAUAAAUCUCUGACAGACAGAGAUCUCAAGUAGGCAGAGAGGCAGGCAGAGAGAGAGAGAGAGAGGAGGAAGCAGGCUUCCUGCCGAGAAGAGAGCCCGAUGCAGGGCUCGACCCCAGGACCCUGGGAUCAUGACCCGAGCCGAAGGCAGAGGCUUUAACCCACUGAGCCACCGAGGACCCCCAAGGAAUAAAAUCUUAAAAAAAGAAAGAAAGAAAGGAACCCAGAAGGGUUUGGAUAUGUUCCCCAGGCAGGGUAAGGGGUGUCCCUGGGAGAAGCAACAGCAGGGCCAGGCGGAGAGGAAUGAAGGAACCUGGCAGCUCCCGAGGAGGAAGGAAGCAUGGAGUUCUCGAGAACAAGGGAGGAAUGUCUGGCCACUUGACAAACCUCGGUCCCUGCUUAACCCUGUUUGCUCACCUGCCGCUGCUCAGGGCUUUUGGGAGAUGGUAUGUAAAAGUGCUUCCAAGCCAAUGUCAGGGCUUGCUAUUAUUUGUUGAUUUAUAAUGACUACACAGAUGAAUGAAUAGAAAACUCGAUGGGAAACGAUAUUCUGAGAAGCUCGGCUCGUAUUCUCCAGGAAGCCUGUCCCUUAGGGUGAGGGGAGAGCACCACAGACUUUAGGCAAAGGAGUGAUGCUAUUAGAAACCAUGGAAGAAGGUAAUUGGUAGCAGAGAGCGGUGGUCCUGGUUCCAAUGAGGGACCAAUCCAGGUUCUCCUCAACUUCCAUCCGGCUCCCUGGCAUAGCAACACUGUGAAUGUAAACCAGUUACUUAACCUACGACUCAGUUUUCUCAUCUGGAAAACCAGGGUGGUAGAAUUGUGAGCCAUAAGAAAGAUGUUUGGAGAAUUUAGCACUCCGCUUCCCGCAGAGCAGGAACAUGUGAGUAGUAGCACUUUUGUUACAAGUGGUUCGAAAAGCAUUGUGAUUGCAGACGGGAUAUAAGCUCGCUCCAAAACAAGUGUGGGUGAAGGUGGACAGGAAGAAAUGGGCCUCUCUUUUGUCAGAAAAGCAACACAGGCCCUUCUCCAUUGCAGAGAUCAUCAGAGUUAACCCUUUCCUGGGCUACCAGACCAAAAAGUCAGUCAUUCAGACUCUCUCCGUCUCUCACUAGGAUGCAUUAAAUGGUGUUUGAAAGUUUAAAAAAAAAAAAAAAAGCAAAGUUAGUGUGAACAGAAAUUUUUAGACAAAAGCCCAAGGGCAUUUCCUCCCUCUAAAUAUCUUUUGCUUAUUUCCUUUUUCUGUACUUUUUGAUCAUGACUCAAAACAAGAAGAGAAACUUAAGCUGUCUGUCUUACCCAGCUUUCAAGGGCGGCUUGCUCGGUGGGGUGGCAGGAAGGGCAGCACCAAGGAAAAGCGAGUUUCUCCCCACUCUCUGCAGCUGGGAGCCUCCUUGCUCCUCUUCUCAUGCCUACAGCCCUUCCUCGACCCCUCUCUUGGAAACACCACUCUACUCCUUUGCUACGGUACAGAGGUCCCUGAAGAAGAGGCCACGUCUUGCAGAUCUUUGACUCCUUUAAAAGUGCUCAAUCAGUGUCUCUGGCAUGCAGGCUUUGGGGUUUGGAGCCCAAACGGGCUCUGGUUGAGCUCCCUGAUUUUCCAUUUUGCGGGAAACCAUCCACUCCCUUGGGACAUCAGUUUCCCUCUCUGUGAAAUGAGUGGGGGUUGGGGGUUGCUGUGGUCCUCAGGCUGCUGGGGAGACCUAAGGAAGCAGAUCAGCAGGAUGCUGAGUGGAUGUUCUGUGUGCAGAGUGUGAUGACAGGGACCUUGGGUGUGUCAGGAAGGUACUGGGGUGACGUGGCUCCUGUCUCCCUCCAUCUCCACACAGCAAUUCUGCCUCACCGUUUCCUCCAUCAGCCCUGCCGCAGGGCUCGUGCUGACCUCCUUUCCUGGGAAUCCUCCCCUAUCCUGGGAAUCCUUUCCUCUUCAUUCCCUGGUUUUUGCCUCCCUGCUAAGUCUCGGGAGAAUACAGGAGGAGAGGGCCGUCAGAGUGCCCAGAGACGGAGGAAGCUGGCCCCCAGACAGCGAGUUUGCAGAAGGAGCCUGGGCAGGCGUGUUUGUGCCAGCCAGAAGCAAUGUAGAUCUGAGAUGCUCUUCCUUUCCUCCGUGCCAAGGACGAAUGCCAAGCCCAGAGCUACAGCUGGCUACACAAGCCGAAUUUGGCAGCACAGGGCUUUUGAAAGAAGAAGCCUGGUGUAAUUGGACACUAAGUGGAAAAAAACGCACCCCCUACCAGGCAUGUUGAGUUCCCAGUGAAAUGGACAAGAGUGGCUCCACCUUGGCCUUGGGUUGAUCUGCCUGGGAUGCAGCAGAGCCCAGGGAAGGGAGCUCACGUGCCGACACUGUCAAGCCAAGGAGAUUCCACAACUGCUAAGGCUGAGACAGCAUUGUCCAGUUUCCCUAUUUGGUGAAUAAGGAAACUGAGGCUCAGGCAUGGGAAGUCACUUCUCCUGGGUCACACAGCUGGGUGAAAACUAAGACCAGUGCUCCCACCCCCACCCCCGCCUUCCCGCAGAUUCCCUCCCACCCUCGGGUUUUCAGAGCCUCCUGCUGAAUAGCCUAGAAAUCAUUCAAACCACAGUCUUCGUUAAUCACUCACAUAAACGCAACAUAAUCAGCUCUGCUGAUUUUUAGCAACUUGAGUGAAGCCUUUAUUCCACACUUGGCUCAGAUCUAUCUUGCCACAUACCCUUGCCGGUAAUCAGUGUAAACUUUUAUUGUAUCCCUGUGAACCCUGACAGUCUCCGUGUUGAGAAUGUUGAAGAAAGGCUUAACAUCAUGGGGUACAAUGAACCCAACAACAAGGAAUGGGGCUCUUUGUACAUCAACAACGAGGACGAAUCUAACAAUUGUGAUAAAUGGGGAAGCCAGACAAAAAUGUGGUUCUAUUUACACAAAACUUCAGAAAAUGCAAGUGAAUCCAUUGUGACAGAAAGUGGAUCAGUAGUUGUUUAAGGGAGGGAGUGGGCCUCAAAGAUGCGUCUCCAGGGGGCGCAAGGAAACUUCUAGGGAAGAUGGAUAUGUUCGCCAUCUUGAUUGUAGUACUGGUUUCAUAUAUAUAUAUAUAUAUAUAUCAAACUGUAUACUCUAAAUGCCUGUAGUUUAUUGUACAUCAGUUAUGCUGAGUAAUGAUGAUGAUCGUGUCAAUGAUGAUUAAUCAUUUAUGAAUUUUAGCUUUAGAGCCAACUUACCGUGAGAAAAAUAUGGCAGGAGGGAACGUCACAAUAACAUCAUAAGGACACACAUCUACACAGAAUCCAAGAUCUAUCCUUUGUACAUUUGUACCCCUGACCU